AUGGAAGUGAAAGCUUUCAAGCAUGUUUGCAAGUUUUGCAACAAAAGAUUCCCUUGUGGAAGAUCACUUGGAGGUCAUAUAAGGUCCCAUUUGCCUAAACCAGGGUAUGAACUUAAAGAAAAUCUAAAGAAGACAUCUUUGGAUUCGUCAUUAACUGAAACUGAAAACCCAAAAUUGAGUAAAAUGGAUCAAAAUCAGUGCAAAAAAUCCAGUUUUGUUAGAAAUAAUGAAGAUUCAUACUCAUACUCCUCUGUUUCUGAAGUAGUUGAGGAAGAACAGAAAGAAGUUGUUGCAAUGUGUUUGAUCAUGCUUUCUCAAGAUGUGGGAUCUUGGGGAAAUGAAAUUUCUUCUUCUUUUGUUAAUGAUUCUGAAUUUAUUGAGAAUGAUUCAUUUUUAAUGGGUAAAAACUACAAGAAAAUAAGGAAAAGGAAAAUUCAGGGGAAUGACUCUGUUUCUGGUGCAAAAAUCAAAGAAAUCAAAGUUUCUGGUAAUGGGUUUUUACUAAAUGAUGAAAAAACACAAUUUACUGAUAGUAAGAGAAAAAUUGGUCAAAUUACAGCUUCUGGGUAUUUCAAAAUGAAUGAAUUUGAAGAUUCAGAAAAUGGGUUAUCAUUAAAUGAUGAAAAAAAAAGCAAUUUACUAAGUGUAAGAGAAAAAAUGGUCAAAUUACAGCUUCUGGGUAUGUAA